AUAAUGGUGGGUGUUCGCAAGAUACGGACUGUUCUCUUAAUGGUAAUGGUGCUUUUGUUAGUGUUUAUUAUGAAACAGGUUGGCCAGCGAUGGUCUGUCAAGGAAUAUACCCCAGGAAAGCAUGUAAUGAGCAGAAAUCGCUUAGAGGACCUUGUUGUCAUCAUUAGAGAAUUCGAGACCUUUGAUAAUGAUGUAAGCGAGACUGUUGAAUCUGUACUGAGUGCAUGUGGUGGAGUGUGUAGGGUUUUAGUUGUCAGUGAUGAGACCAUAUAUCCCCCUCUGCACCUGCCAAAGCAAGUCAAGUCGCUGGUCUUGACACCUGGACUUCUGCACCACCGUCCACACAUCCCUGAUUUUCUCACAAAUACGAAAUAUGUAUUAAUACUCCCCGAUGGCGCGCGGUGUUCUUCUCGCAUGCAGUUGCAUGACCUGAUACACUUGCUUGACACUGGUGAUUGGCAGGUAGUUGCAGUUGGUGUGGGUGGAUCACCUCUCACAUGUCAUCGUUACACACUUGACAUUCAGGCCUGGACACUCUCGAUAGCCCCAGCGCCUCAGAGUGAGGCAUGCGAUGCAAUAAGUGGCCGUGCAGCCAUCCUGAUGCAGGUUAGUGAUUUCUUGAAGCUAACCCAUCCAUUAGCUCGACCCAUCCCAGUUAGCAUAGGUAUACAGGGUGCAUCGCGUUCUUGGAAGGUCCAUGUCAGUCGAGGAGGCUUGUUUGGUGAGGGCCGUCAGCUCUACUCAACAGAGCACUUGCAGUGGAAGCAUGAUUCACUUGAAGAAGAAAGAAGAAAGGCUUUAUAUGCUGCUCUGGGAAUUAAGAAAGUGGUAAGUUCCGGUGGCAACGUUCUGUGGUAUGGUUGCACUCGUACAACACCACGGUGCUUUCCAACAGUGGUGGAUGACACGCCUGAUUACCUCUACCUGGGUCGUUGGACACCACCAUGUUGUCUGGAAGGGCUUAGAGCCACAGCUAGACAUGUAUUUCAAGCUUUGAAAGCAUGUCGUGCUCGCUGGUGGCUGGAAGGAGGUUCAUUACUGGGGGCUGUUCGCAAUGGAGACAUCAUUCCUUGGGAUUAUGAUGUUGAUGUAGGAAUUUAUGCACAAGAUGUGGAUCGCUGUCCGCAGCUUAAAGCAGCGCGUUGGCAAACUUUAGAGGAUGCAGAAGGCUUUGUGUGGCAGAGGGCAUCGGAGGGAGGGUUUUUUAGAGUACACUACAGCACUACCAACCACCUUCAUGUGGAUGUCUUUCCCUUCAGCCCACGUGGAGGUGCCAUGACACGUGGUGGUGCUUGGACAACGGGCCACCGUCAAGACAUAGAUUUUCCCGAACAUUUCUUAAGACCCCUUGCCACAGUUAACUUUGCCGGGGUCUUAGCCUCAGCCCCCAACAAUGUGCGGGACUUUUUAGAGCUCAAAUUUGGUGCAGGUGUCAUUGAGUCACCACAGUACCCCAAUCCUGAUGUGCUUCUCUCUCGGAAUAUCUCCAUUCUGCCACACCUGUGAUGUGGAUCUUGCCUUACAGAGGAGUUGACAGGGACAACAGUGGACUCUCGGGCACUUUCUUGGUUGCCGUUGCAGGUAUUCUUGUCUUCUGAUGCAAAUGUGAAUGUUUUUACGAAUAAUUCAUCUCGUCUUAUUAGUGUGCAUUUAUUGUUGAUGUGUUGUCUUCCAACAAUGUGAAGUAUAUUUUAUCAAAUUAUAUUAAUAUUGAAUAUCAGUGGAAUCAAAAUAUUGAAUAGUAAGUAAAAUCAUUACGAUUGAUUUCCUUACAUACUCUCAUUUGUGAUUACUCUUCAGGAAAUGUAUACAAGUUUAAUAGAUAAAUUAAGCAAAAAUUGCUGAUGUUGGCUAUUUGUGAUAUAAUUAGAAAAAAAGUCAUAAUGUUUAAGUUUGCAGUGCUCUUGGCAUCAAAUGUUUUGUUGUUAAUGGAAUCUGUUGAAUAAAAUUUCCAGUGACAAGUGAAAAGUGUGAUAUGUUGAAGAAGACCAUAACUUUGCUCAAUUACUGUAUCCCAUUUUAAGGGUUCAAAAUUUUGUAAAAGUAUGCAUGGAGCUCUUUAUCAUUUUUGACAGAUAUUUUGUUUGAUGUAGUGGAAAGUUUGUUAAAAGCUUAUGUAUUUCAUUAAUAGCUUCAUUUUGAUAGCAUAAUCUUCUGACAUUUUGAAAACUACAAAAUGUGACUGCACAAACAGUAGAUAAAGGACAUCAAACAUUGCACAUGGAACAGUUAUUGAGUUUAGAAUGCAGACAAUCUAGCUGAUUUGUUUUCCUUGAUAAUUAGUGAGUCUGCUGUUUGCUUAUUUAUACUGAGUUGAUCCAAGGCAUUGAUUUGAUCUGCCAGAUUUUGUAUUACAAAGAGAUAGGAAGUAUAUAAAAAAGUUGCUGCUGCCAAAUAGUGUAGGAGAUGUUAGAAAGUGGUAAUGUGCUGUGCUUUUAGAUGUCAGAUUUGGUGUACGUUCUUUUGAUGACUGUGAGGUUGUCAUUUAUUACAGUCAUAUUUGAUGUUGAACUGAUUAUUGUGGUAAUAAAUGAAGGAUGUGCAGA